AUGGCACCCUAUCUUGGAUCUGACACUGACGCAAAGGGACACACAACCGAGCACUCACAUGUCUACACGCUUGUCAAUGGCACCAAGACAGCUCUUGAGCAGUUGCUAGUCAAGGCAAAGGACAACCUUCCCAGAGAAUCCCUCGCCCACAUAGCCAAAGCACAUUUCUCCACAGCCAACACUGGAAGUCCAUACUUUCCGAGUCCGCUCAAGCAAACAGAAGCCAUCACAGCACUGAAAGCGGUCGAGGCAGGCGUAGCCUCCGCCAUAGCCGAUCUCCAAGAUGGGCCCAAGCCAAGAAACAUCGAUGUCGAUUUGGAGAGGGCAACAGCCUUCCUGUUCUCGACAUACCUUGCCACUGUUGGCGGCAUGGACAAGGCGAACCCAAAAGUGAAGAAGCUCUUGAAAGACACCGACCUGUUACAAGCCCAGUCUAUUCAGUACCGCCGACUAUCUGCCAAUUUGUACGAGACCAAGAACCCGGGAGAAUACUUCCAUCUCCACGGCUCUCUGGAAGCGACCAAGGCUCUCAACAUGAUUGGUCUGGAAGGUCACCGCCCAGACCUUACCGACUACCAUGAGUGCAUCAAGAUCAUUGAAGACCACGUCAAACAGUUCACUGUCGAUCAGCUCGAAGAAAUGAACUCGCAGAUCAAGCAAGCAGGCGUCACUUGCUUGAAGUGGGAAGACUUCCAGUCAACACAGCACGGGCAGGAUCUCCUCCAACAGCCCCCAUGGAAGGUCGACACACUAGAAACAGAGACACCACCUACUCCCUUCCCAUUCAAGCCUUCAGCUGCACCAAAGCCUCAGAUUCUUGCUGGCAUCCGAGUCCUCGAACUUUGCAGGAUCAUAGCCGGUCCAGCCAUGGGCCGUGGGCUUGCCGAGUACGGUGCGGAGGUCAUCAAGGUCACAGCACCACAUCUCUCAGACGUUCCCUUCUUCCAAGUAGACGCCAAUGUUGGCAAGCACACUGCAGAUCUAAACCUGAAGCAACCAAAUGACCGCGAGACUUUCGAAAAGCUGCUUGAAUCAGCGGACGUCGUGUUGGACGGCUACCGACCAGGCAGCCUGAAUCGUCUCGGUUACGGCCCCAAACAAUUACAGGAGAUUGCCAAACAGCGUGGACGUGGUUUCGUAUACGUUGCUGAGAACUGCUUCGGACACGUUGGACCCUGGUCAUCCCGACCUGGCUGGCAGCAGAUUGCAGACUGCGUUACAGGUGUUGCCUGGGCUCAAGGUCACGCCAUGGGUCUGCAGGAGCCUGUUGUACCACCCUUCCCUAUGAGUGACUACGGCACAGGUUGUAUGGGUACCAUAGCGGCGCUGGUCGGUCUCUACAGACGAGCAAAGUCCGGUGGCAGCUACAUCGGCACUACAUCCCUUGUUCAAUACGACAUCUACCUGCUACAGCUCGGUCUGUACGACGACAAGAUGAUGGCCAAGCUGCGGCAGGAGCACGAUGCUGACUUCUUCGGUCUGAGACACCACGACUCGGUCGAUGAAGUUGGCAAGCGAGCACUGAAGACGAUGAGAAGGACACACCCUGAACUAUUCGAGCCGCGACAUAUGCAAGCUUGCUUCAGCACGGCUUUUGACGCAGAGGUCAAGACUAUCAAACCGGUUGUUGGCAUCGAGGGAUACUGGAACGGCUUCUUGCGCAGCUCUAGACCCAACGGCUACGACAAGCCCACCUGGGACGACUGGGAAGUCGACGAAGACAUGCUGAAAGCAUAA